ACUGAUCUCCCAGAAGGAGCGGCGGCCACUGCGGAGCCCGGUGUGCUGUGACGGCUGAGCGGGACCCGCGGGGGGCCAACUGCAGGGCGCGGCGAGAUGGAGGUGGUGACGGGGGUCUCGGCGCCCACCGUGACGGUUUUCAUCAGCAGCUCCCUCAACAGCUUCCGCUCGGAGAAGCGGUACAGUCGCGGCCUCACCAUCGCGGAGUUCAAGUGCAAGCUGGAACUGGUGGUGGGCAGCCCCGCGUCGUGCAUGGAACUGGAACUGUAUGGCUCUGACGACAAGUUCUACGGCAAGCUGGAUCAGGAGGACGCGCUGCUGGGCUCCUACCCUGUGGACGACGGCUGCCGCAUCCAUGUCAUUGACCACAGCGGUGUCCGGCUUGGGGAAUACGAGGACGUGUCCAGGGUGGAGAAAUACGAGCUCUCACCAGAAGCUUAUGAACGGAGGCAAAACACAGUUCGGUCCUUCAUGAAGCGCAGCAAGCUAGGCCCUUACAAUGAAGAACUCCAGGCCCAGCAAGAGGCCAAGGCCGCCCAGCGCCUCAGCGAGGAGCAGGCCCAGGCCAGUGCCAUCCCUGUGGGCAGCCGCUGUGAGGUGCGGGCACCUGGACAGUCCCUGCGCCGGGGCACCGUCAUGUAUGUGGGGACCACGGAUUUCAAGCCAGGCUAUUGGGUCGGUGUGCAAUAUGAUGAGCCGUUGGGGAAAAAUGAUGGCAGUGUGAACGGGAAACGCUACUUUGAAUGUCAGGCCAAGUACGGCGCCUUUGUCAAGCCGUCAGCUGUCACCGUGGGAGACUUCCCAGAGGAAGACUACGGGCUGGACGAGAUGUGACCCCACCCGUGACCGAGCUCCGCUGUGUGCC